AACUAUGCCAUGAAUGUUCGUACAAUUCGUAUCAUUUAGAGAUGCAAUAAUAUAAUAAAGUAAAUCGGUACAGCACGGCAAAGGUGCAUCUACUAUAAUAUAAAAUGCACUGUCAAAGAGAAAAUGCCAUACAGAAACGAAGCCCACUGCUUAGCUAUAUCUAUCAUGUCAACCAUUUAAUAGCCUUCUCCAUCCACUCUUAUAUAUACCUAUCAGCAUCUCUUUAAUACCAUACCUCUCUCUAUCUCUCUUUCUCUCAAAUUCACUAGCUAAAGCUACAUACUGAAUAUGAAGAAGGGGAGGUUUAUAAGAGCAUGUGCAAACAAAUGGAGGAAAAUAGGAAGUAAAGUUGUACCUUGCACAGCCUGUGAGCACUGCUGCCAAUGGGUUUUGUGGUCUCCUUUGCAUGAGGAUUGCUUCAUCCCACGAGACGUCCCGAAGGGUCACUUGGUUGUCUAUGUAGGUGAGAAUAAGAGAAGGUUUGUAAUCAAAAUUAGCCUUCUCAAUCACCCUUUGUUCAAGGCAUUGCUGGAUCAAGCACAAGAUGAGUUUGAUUUCACUGCGAACUCCAAACUCUGCAUUCCUUGUGAUGAGAACCUUUUCCUUAGUGUUGUCGAUCGUGCUAGCGCACCUGACAACCGGCAAAUCCCUUUGCGUCUUUGAAGAUAGGUUGUUGUCGAAUUUCAUUUAUUCUGAAGAUCUAAAUCCUCUUUGAGAAUGCUGAUAUGUAUUUAGCCACGAUUUGUUGUAUACUAAUGUAACUUGAUUAAAAAAGUAGUGUUACCACUUGGGUCCUAAUGCCACUUUAUAAGAAAAUAGUGCCUUUAGCAGCAAGUUGCUGAAAGUUCUUCACAGCCAAAACAAAUCAGUUACCACCAAAUAUUGCAUAUGCUUCAACAUAUUCAACAAGUCACUCGAAACAAUUUCCUCUGACUUAUGCAACCCGGCAAUCAAAUGGAACUAUUCAAGCCUAUUUUGCAUCCUUCUCUCACACCCUUCACAUAAUCAGCCUCAUCUGGAACAUUUUCUGCAAG